ACUUGCUGAAGUAGACGAGAGCGUGAAAUCCAUCUACAAUAUUAUUUCUUUUCACAUUAUUCGAAAAGGCGCGUGACCCCAAUUCACGAAACGAUUCAUCUGUAGGAAUCUUACGACAGAUUUUCUUGAACAGAAUGGCCAUGGACUGGUUGGGCAGUCUUGUAUCGAUUAACUGUGGAGCGACGCUGGGAGUGUAUCAAGGCGAGGUGUCGUCAGUUGAUCAGUCCAGCCAGACCAUCUCUCUCAGGCAACCAUUUCAUAAUGGAGUCAAGUGUCCUGUUCCAGAAGUCACGUUCAGUGCAAUGGACAUCAAAGAACUUAAGAUCUUGGACAUUCGGAAUGGAUCAAGUGGGAACGGGAUUAUGCAGCGCAGCAUAGCUGACUCCAGUUCCAGCUCGGCUGUACGCGGAGGGCAUGGCAGUAAGGCCAGCAUCGCCCCUGUAAACAGUGCUCCGGUUAACGUGCCCGGAAAACCUGAACUCAAGACGCAGGAGGGAGGAGCUUCUCCACUGCAGCACUGCUCAAAAAGUUACGGAGAACGCCACGUGGACAUGUCUGGCCAGAGUAAAGGCUUCAGACGGAGACACAAUUCCUGGUCCUCCAGCUGCCGUGGCCCAAAUCAAGCCACUCCAAAGAAGAAUGGGAUGAAGAAUGGAAGCGUAAUGAAGAACAAAGACGACGAGUGUUUUGGGGAUGGCAUGGACGACGGCCUGGACGAGGACUUUGAUUUUGAAGGGAACCUGGCGCUCUUCGACAAAGCAGCUGUCUUCUCUCAGAUUGACACGUCUGAACGGCGAGGGAACGGGGCGCGGUCGCGUGGAACACCCGGAGAGCAAACCCCGUCUCGUUACCGUCACGACGAGAACAUUCUAGAAGGCAAGCCUGUUGUGUAUAGACAGAUUACAGUGCCUCAGCCUGGAGCGAAGGAGUACUGCACUGACUCAGGGCUUGUGGUUCCCAGUAUCUCCUAUGAGCUACAUAAGCGUCUGCUGAGCGUGGCCGAGCGUCACGGCCUUUCUCUGGAGCGUCGGCUGGAGAUGACCGGAGUGUGUGCCAGUCAGAUGGCCCUCACGCUCUUGGGAGGGCCCAACAGGCUUACACCCAAGAAUGUCCACCAGAGGCCAACCGUGGCCCUGCUGUGCGGCCCCCACGUGCAGGGAGCCCAGGGCAUCAGCUGCGGGCGACACCUGGCCAACCACGAGGUGGAGGUCAUCCUCUUCCUGCCCAACUUUGUCAAGAUGUUGGACGCAGUGACCAACGAACUUACUCUCUUCAGCAAGACGGAUGGCAAACAGGUCUCCAGUGUCAAAGACCUGCCUGAUACCCCAGUUGACCUGGUCAUCAACUGUUUGGACUGCCAUGAGAAUGCUUUCCUGAGGGACCAACCUUGGUAUCGAGCAGCGGCCGACUGGGCCAAUCAGAACCGGGCUCCCGUGCUAAGCAUUGACCCCCCGGUGAGCGGACAGGUGCACGCAGUGGAAGCCAAGUGGUCUCUCUCUCUCGGCCUGCCCCUCCCCUUGUCAGAAGGAGCCGGCCGCGUCUACCUGUGCGACAUCGGUCUGCCCCGUCAGGUGUUCCAGGAGGUGGGGAUCAAAUACCAUUCGCCCUUUGGCUGCAAAUUUGUCAUACCUCUGCAUUUGCCGUGACGAGGCCCCAUGGUGCCCGCAGGAACUUGACCUUUGACCUACGGCCUGAAGAGCAAGGUCACAGGACAUGAACCAGCCUUAAAUUUUCCCGUCUUUGCCGAGCUCAAGCGAUAUUCACAUUCACGAGUCUUUCAGCUGAAGUGACA